AUUCAACAAUAUGAGGGAAUCCUCUCUGUGCUCUUUCACUUUUGUGUAGUUCGUUUAAACUCCGUAGGCUGUGCUUCUGUUCAAUAUGAUUAAGCUGCCUUUUAUCUGUGGAUAUUUUAGAAGUGGAUUUCCCUGAACAUGACCUUUUCAAAGAUAUAUGUAUCUCUUCAAACCUCUUUGACUUGUUAUUAAGGCUGUGGUUAUUCUAUGCAGCAGCACCGACUUGCCUUUAGACAAUGUUCCAGUGAGGAAUAAACAGCAACAAAUACUGCAGCACUUCAAAGCAUAGGCGAUCCAUGUGCGAGUGGGACGAGUGACCGUUGGCGGACUAAAACCAUCUGCGAAGAUUUCCUAGAUACACAGAUCAUGCAGCCAUCUGAUUCUGAAAGAUGUGACAGCAGAGAGCUUGAUGAUGAAAUCAGGAUUCUGAUUGGGAAGAACAGUGCCUCAAAAUCCUGUAAGAAGACAGAGAGCAGUUCUUGUAUACUGAAUGCCUUUGGCAAAUGCAGCCUUCUAGGCUGUUCUGAGCAGAUGGAGUCCAGCACUGAGUUCAAGAAAGCUUCAGACAGCCAAUUGGAGCAUAAAUUGGGAAAGAAGUUAGCAACAGAUAUGCUGGAACAACAGAUUAUCUCACUGGAAAAGCAGAAGCAAGAGCUUUUGGCAGUCAACAACCAGUGGGAUCUACAGUUCAGGAAGAUGAAACAACAGUAUGAAAAAAAGGUUACAGAAAUGAAAGCAAAACUGGAAGCAAUGCAAAAAACUGUCAGCACACUUGAAAGAGAGAGAGACCAAAUACAGCAAGAGUGCGAAAGAUUGGAAAUUCUGAAUAUGAACAGGGUAGAACAAGAAAUGAGUUCUUAUUAUUCUGUCCGGACUAAGGGGGAAGAGCUUGUAAAUAAGCAAGACAAGAAAACGCUGCAAGAAGAGAACAGACUACUAAAAGAAGAAAUUGCCCUGGGAAACACAAAAAAGAUACAUUAUGAAUAUGAAAUAAGCCGCCUCAAUAAGGUUCUUGUGAAUUCUUUGAGAAAUCAGCACGCUGUGUCACAUGAACCUCGUGUGGAUGCAACAGAGAAGAACUGCAGUGAAGAGGAAAUGAAGGUACAAAUAGACGUUCUCAGACAACAGGUUCAAAUAUAUGAAGAAGACUUUAAAAAGGAAAGGUCUGAUAGAGAAAGGCUUAACGCAGAGAAAGAAGCACUGCAGAGAAUUAAUGAGAAAUCACAGACUCAAUUGAACAAACUGAAUUAUCAGAUUAAAGACUGCCAGGAAAAGAAAGAACUACUCGAGAAGCAAGUAAAGCAACAGGCCCAAGAUCUCCAAGCACUUACAGAAAAGCAUGGCUUCUCAGAUCAGCUGCUUGUUCCUCCUUUUCUGAGUUGUAGUAACUGUGGAUCGCUUCAUCUCCCUCCUCAACCUCAAAAAACAUUUGCUUCACAUGGCUUCAACAGAGAACAACAGGGAACUCCUGCUUGCUUUCAGUUCAGAAAAAGCACUCUUCAGUCAACAUUUUGCAACCAGGAACAUUGCGACCAGAUUCUGCAAAUGUACAGUGAGGGGAAAAUUGAGAAAUAAUGUAAAAGCUGGUGUGAUUUAAUGGUUAAUGUGUUGAACUGACACUUGGAACAUUAAGGAUGAAGUCCUCACUGAAUCACAAAAUGACUUAUUGAAAAGUCAUUAGUUGACUUAGUCAACUCUUUUUCAGGAUUGCUUCACAGGAUUGCUGUGAAGAUCAAGUCGGGAAAAGGAGAGCCAUGCAGAUAACCCUGAGCUCAUUGCAGGAAAGGAUGGAUCUAAAUAUAACAAACAAAUAGAAUUGUGAAAUCUAA